AAAAUAAAAUCUCUGCGGCAUUCAUUGCAUAAAGCGAGCGAGUGAUCAGUCUUCACAAGAGAUAGACGAUCUCUGCGCGUCUCCGUGUUUGUGUUCGUGUGGGUCGAAGAUGUUUCUGAGGAAGAUUCUCCAGUCGGGCGUUUUUGGACUUAGAAAUGUCUCUGGACGGGGAGGACAGGUGUUGUCCGCAGCUGCUGUCAGGAAGCAGCACUCUCAGGCCGAGCAGCAGGGGUCAGCUGUGUCCUCCGUCCGACCGGAGACGUCCACCGCCAAAACCCUGAUGGACAUCGGCACCCGGCGCAUCUUCAGCGAGGACCACGACAUCUUCCGGCAAAGCGUCCGCCGCUUCUUCCAAGAGGAAGUGGUGCCGCACCACAAGGAGUGGGAAAAGGCAGGCGAGGUGAGCAGGGAGCUGUGGUUGAAGGCCGGAGAGCAAGGCCUGCUGGGAGUGAUGAUCCCGGAGGAGCACGGCGGCAUCGGAGGGGACACGUUUUCUGCCGCUAUCACCUGGGAGGAGCAAAUGUACUGUAACUGUACCGGGCCUGGUUUCGCUCUGCACUCGGACAUCGUCAUGCCGUACAUUGUGAACUACGGCAGCAAGGAACAGAUCGAGCACUUCAUUCCCUCCAUGACUGCUGGCAAACACAUCGGCGCCAUCGCCAUGACGGAGCCGGGUGCAGGCAGCGACCUCCAGGGAGUACGGACGUACGCCAAGAAGGACGGCAGUGACUGGAUCCUCAACGGGAACAAGGUGUUUAUCACCAACGGCUGGAUGGCAGACGUGGUGGUCGUCGUCACAGUUACCAACCGUGAGGCAAAAACGGCGGCCCACGGCAUCAGUCUGUUCCUGGUGGAGAACGGCAUGAAGGGUUUCCAGAAGGGCCGGAAGCUGGAGAAGAUCGGCCUGAAGGCGCAGGACACAGCAGAACUGUUCUUUGAGGACGUUCGUCUCCCAGCCAGUGCUCUGCUGGGAGAACUCAACAAGGGUUUCUACUACCUGAUGAAUGAACUGCCACAGGAGCGUCUGUUGAUUGCUGACAUGGCCAUAUCCAGCUGUGAGUUUAUGUUCGAGGAGACCAGGAACUACGUUCUGCAGAGGAAGGCCUUUGGGAAGACUGUUACUCACCUCCAGACCGUGCAGCACAAGCUGGCAGAGCUGAAGUCAGAGAUCUGCGUAGGUCGUGUUUUCAUGGACAACUGCCUGCAGCUCCUAUCAGAGCGUCGCCUGGACCCCACCACCGCCUCCAUGGCCAAGUUCUGGGCGUCGGAGCUCCAGAACAAGGUGGCCACCCAUUGCCUGCAGCUCCACGGAGGCUGGGGCUACAUGUGGGAGUACCCCAUCGCAAAGGCGUUUGUGGACUCCAGGGUUCAACCCAUCUAUGGAGGAACCAAUGAGAUCAUGAAGGAGCUGAUCGCACGUGGCAUCAUGAACCAGAAGUGAGACUGAAGGAACGUUUGAUGCUCCCUCUGCACCAAGAAAAUUAGGGAUAUAGUUGAAAAAAUGGUACUGUAGUUGGACUAUAUCACAUCUGACUGACGUAAAUAAUUUUGAAUAAAAGUCUGAUUAUUUUAGGUAAAUAUGCUAAAAGGUGAGACUUCUGUUAACUGAUCUGUUAUUUGCCUUGUGUCUCAGGUUUGUGCCAAUCUGAAAUAAAAAUGUCUGCAUCUCGAUUAUAUGUUCCAACUUGUUAGCAGGUUUGUUUUUUGCAAAUUAAAAAACUUGGGUUGAAAUUGCUUUUUGAAGUUGUAGUUUCUGCUCUCCGCCAGUUGGUGGCGGCAGUCCAGCGCGCUGACUGUCAGCAGAGAGAGAAAUGGCUUUUCAUUUGAUUCCAUCGUGCACGGAUAAAGAAAACUGUUGCCUCUCCGGUGAAUAAUAAUAAAAAUAACUUUAUGCCUCAUAAAUCACUAAAUCAACUCAGUUUAAAAUUCUCCUGGAGUGGAGUAUUUUUUGUAUACCUGCACGGUUUUUAUGUUGAAUUAAAAAAAAAAUAAUGUUUUUUCUUUGUGUGAAUGUAUUCACUGUUAUUGCCUGACACUUUGCUAAUGGUGCACAGAGAUUUCACCAUUGUGGGACAAAAAUAAAGGAUAUUUUUGUGAUUCAAAA